AUGACUGAUAAAAUUGAAAAACCUGAUUUAGAUGGCCGAGAGGAAAAUUCACAGGGAAAAGAAGAUGAAGAAUUAUCUGCACUUUUAGACAGUGCUUUAGAAGAUUUUAAUAAAUCAGAUAAGCCAGCAAAUACAAAUGAUUCAGUUGAAGUCACUAAACCGGAAAGCAAAAGACCAGAUCCCCCGUUGAGUUUGUGGAACGAAGAGUUUCUACAACAAACAUCAGCAAGAUUUGAGCAAAAUAUUCAAGCUUUAUUUUCACCAGGUUCCGAUGGUAUGUUUUCUGUAGAACAACUCGGAGAAAACAUACAAAGAUUAGCAGAAGCUGCUACACAAACUGCUGGUUUUGAUGCAUCUCCAGACACUGAAUUUUCUAGUAUAAUUGCUCAAACAUUGAAAAAUUUAUCCGAAAAUGCUGAGAACAUACAGAAUCAGUUGACUGAUGAAGAUUUAAUGAAUUUGCUUGGAACAUUUAGUAACAUAACAGAUUCAAAUCAAGAUGGAAGCGAUUUAUUACCGAUGAUGCAAAAAAUGAUACAAAAUUUAUUGACAAAAGAUGUUUUACAUCCUGCUCUCUCAAGCAUUGUCGAACAAUAUCCGGAAUGGUUAGAAAAAAACAAAUCAGUUUUAUCAUCGAAUGAUUUUGACAAUUACACUCAACAGUAUAAAUUAAUGAAAGAAGUUUGCGAAGAACUUGAAAAAGAAAAACCGGAUGACAGUCAAGAAGUUAAAAAUACAAGAUUCGAUCAAAUACUAGGACUCAUGCAAAAGAUUCAAGAUUGUGGACAACCUCCGGCCGAAUUAUCUGGAAAUUUGGGACCCAUGUUAAGUCUCGACGAACAUGGAAAUCCACAGAUACCGCCCAAUUUUUCGCCGAGUCAGUGCAAUUUAAUGUGA